AGGAUCCCGGAGCACGCUCCCAUGCUCCUGUGGGCAUCCUUGCUGGUCCUUGCUCCAGUCAGUGGACAACUUGCUGCACCCAAACCCGUGAUUUCCCUCCAUCCUCCAUGGACCGUCGUCUUCAGAGGAGAGACAGUGACUCUGACUUGCCAUGUAUCUCACCUCCGUGCAGCAGAGUACAUAACAUGGCACCUGUCGUACCUCGGAAAGGAUCUACUACAUAAAACCCCAGGAAACACCCUCAAGGUCCGUGACUCUGGAAGGUUCAGGUGCCAGACCAAGGACUCGCCCCCAAGUGACUCUGUGAUGUUGAUCUUUUCUUCAGACUGGCUCAUCCUUCAGGCUCCACACACCGUGUUUGAAGGUGACACGCUGGUCCUGAGAUGCCAGGUUAAGGGGAGACAGAAACUGAUCACUGCGAAAUACAGCUGGAAUGGGAAAGUUAUCUCUGUCUCUAAUCAAGGCCAGGAUCUUCUGAUACCACAAGCAAGUUUGAACAACAGUGGCCACUACCAAUGCAUUGGAUUUCUGGAGAGAGAUCAUUACGUAUAUAAGUCAAGUACCAGAAUUAUUAAAAUUCAAGAACUAUUUCCAUAUCCAAAGCUGCGAGUCACGCCCUCCCAGCCUACGGAAGGCAGCUCUGUAAACCUGAGCUGUCAAACACAGCUGCCUCUCGAGCGGUCGGACACUCUGCUGUACUUCACCUUCUUCAGAGACCGUGGGGUCAUGCUGUCAGACUGGAGCAGGUCCCCAGAACUGCAGAUCACAACCAUCUGGAGAGAAGACUCGGGGUCGUAUUGGUGCACGGCUGCUACAGCGAUCCCCAGCAUCCAAAAACACAGCCCCCCACUGCAGGUUCACGUGCAGGGUGUCCCAGUAUCCGGAGUGCUCCUGGAGACCCAGCCCCAGGGGGGCCAGGCGCUUGCAGGGGAGCCUCUGGUCCUCGUGUGUUCCGUGGCUGAAGGCACAGGGGACAUCGCAUUCUCCUGGCACAGAGAGGACACGGGGGAGCAUCUGGGGAGGAAGCAGCAGCGUUCCCAGAGAGCAGAGCUGGAGAUCCCUGCUGUCGGGGAGAGCCACAUGGGGCGCUACUACUGCACGGCCGACAACGGCCACGGCCUCGCCUGCAGCGGAGCCCUGAACAUCACUGUCACAGUCCCAGCAUCCCGCCCCGUCCUCACCCUCAGGGUGCCCGGGACUCAGGCCGUGGUGGGGGACGUGAUGGAGCUUCACUGUGAGGCCUACAAGGGCUCUCCCCCGAUCCUGUACCGGUUUUAUCAUGACGAUGUGUUCCUGGGGAGCAGCUCUGCCGCCUCUGGAGGAAGAGCGUCCUUCAACCUCUCUUUGACCCCAGAACAUUCCGGAAGCUAUGCCUGUGAGGCUGACAAUGGCCUGGGUGCCCAACGCAGCGACACCGCCUCACUCAGGGUCACAGUCCCAGCAUCCCGCCCCGUCCUCACCCUCAGGGUGCCCGGGACUCAGGCCGUGGUAGGGGACGUGAUGGAGCUUCACUGUGAGGCCCACAGGGGCUCUCCCCCGAUCCUGUACCGGUUUUAUUACGACGAUGUGUUCCUGGGAAGCAGCUCAGCCCCCUCUGGAGGUAGAGCAUCCUUCAACCUCUCUUUGACCCCAGAACAUUCCGGAAGCUAUGCCUGUGAGGCUGACAAUGGCCUGGGGGCCCAGCGCAGUGAGGUGGUACCACUCAAUGUCACAGUUCCUGCAUCACGCCCCAUCCUCACCCUCAGGGCUCCUGGGGCCCAGGCCUUCCCUGGGGAUGUGAUGGAGCUUCACUGUGAGGCCCACAGGGGCUCUCCCCCGAUCCUGUACCGGUUUUAUCAUGACAAUGUCAUCUUGGGGAGUAGCUCAGUCCCCUCUGGAGGAGGAGCAUCCUUCAACCUCUCUCUGACCGCGGAACAUACUGGAAACUACUCCUGUGAGGCUGAUAAUGGCCUGGGGGCCCAGUGCAGCGAGGCGGUGACACUCUCCAUCUCAGGAGGAAGGACCUCUGACCCCUCCAGGAACCCUUCAAACUCGGACCCCCAAGACCCCACCUACUACAAUGUACCUGGCUGGAUAGAGCUGCAACCAGUAUACAGCAAUGUAAAUCCUAAAGGAGGAGACGUGGUGUACUCAGAAGUCCGGAGGAUUCAGGAGGGGAACAAACAAGCAGUGGCCUCAGACUCCGCAUUAAGACUCCUCUGGACCUACCUGCCCUCUCACGGCCCGAUCGCCAGCCCCCAGCCUUACAGCGCCCAGGGCUCCUCUGUCAUCUACUCCCAGGUGAAAGUGCAAUCCUUCCUGACCUCCACGGCUGAGUCCGCACACACCCCCUGCACCCCAAGCAAUCCUGGGGGCCAGAGACAUUGAAGUGGG